AUGGGGAAAAAGGUAUCUGGAGCGCAGAAGAGGAAGAAGAGGAAAGAGAAAGAAGAGCUCGCUUUGGAAAUGGAGCGGUUGAAGCUUGGACCGACGAAGUUGUGGACCGGGUUGGUGUUGCAUCAUAAGGAUGUGUUUGUCUCGCAUGUGAUUUCGAAAUUGAAUACGACAGAUCGGUUUUUCUUUUCGAGGGUGAAUAGAGAGAGUUUGGAUGUGCUUAAGUAUGCCGGGGUAGACGUAUCAUUAGGGUGGUGUCCACACGAAUGUUCAUCCAUCUCGACGUUGGAAUUGGUGUGGAAUCACUUUCCCUUCGGAUGUGAAGAUGAAGAAGGAAACGUGAGAGAUCAAACCUGGUUUUGCGUGGGAGUUGCUAAAACGAACAAACUCGAGUUUCUCAAGUGGGCGAGAGAAGUGAAACAUUGCGAGUGGGAUGAAUGGUCGAUUAAUCAGGCCGCAUUUAAAGGUAAUCUCGAGAUGUUAAAGUACUGCUUCUCUAAUGAUUGCCCGUAUGAUGAAGAAGCGUCGUGUAAACAAGCUGCUGCAGGAGGACACCUCGACUGUCUUCGAUUUCUUGUCGACAAAGUGGAACCUUCGCGAGAUACGGAAAAAGAAGCGGCACUACAAGCCGCAGCACAUGGUCACUUAGACAUCGUGAAAUAUUUCGUCGAAGAAAGAAAGAUAUCGGAUGAUUUGAAGCCUUACUGCGUGGCAACCGCUGCGAUGCAUGGCCGCCUCGAUUGCCUCAACUACUUAGUCGAAGAGGCGAAAACGCCUCUGAACAACUGGCCAUACAUCGCUACCGCUCGUUACAAAGAGCACACCGACUGCGUAAACUACUUGCUCGAAAAAGGGUGCCCGGAACCAACGGACGAAGAAUACGCUGACUUUGUCGAAGAAAUGAAAGAGCAGCACUAA